GUUCAAGUUGUGACUCGCAACUUGUCAGUCGAUUUAUGUUGCGUGCGAGUUCUCCAAUUUUAAGUGACUGCAAUUAAUUGAUAGUAAAAAAAAAUAUAUUUAAUGGUCAUGUUUUGACCAAGUCUAACCGACUCUUCCUUCCUUCCUACGUAGCUAACAUAGUUAAAAUUAUCACAGAAUAUGGAGGAAAAAGAGAACGGCGACUUCCGGCAUUCACCAGUUGCCGGUGUCGACACUGCUGAAACUAAACUUACAAAUGAAAAAGAUGUACAAAAUUACGAGGACUCCUCCCCACAUAUUCUCACAGAAGACCUUGUCACCACUCCGAAAGUCAAAAAAGAGAUUACGACUGAAAUAAACAAUGACCACAUUGACGAAUCAUCUCAAGAGAUAAAGACUGAACCUCCCGAGCUUAGCAGUGGGGACAGAAAACUACUAAACUUAGUAGUUGUCAAUACUAACAUCGAUGUCAAACAGGAAACGGACACUGACGCCAAAAUCAAAACUGAAAAGUCUACGCCGAAAAAUAAGCUAAAAAAUUACGGGCGUACUCGCGUCGAAGUAGUAAGAAAAAUUACACGGAUUAUUUUUUGCCAACUUUGCUACGCUCAAAUACCAUCCGUCUCGAAAUUCAGGAUCCACUUGGAUCGAGAACACAACAUCCAGGUCAAAGGCCCCCCUCGAAUCGUUGAUAGUGAUGAUUGUGACAACGAGUUGACGAUGAAGAAUGCAUCCGAUGCAUUGCGACGUGCCGAGAACACCCCCCGCACCACGGUAGUCCUCUCUGAUUCUGAUGAUGAUGACGACGAUAAGUCAUCCGAUGAUUCAGAAUCUUCGGAGGAUUCCGAUUCUGAUGACCAAGAGCAAGAAUCAAAACCAGCAGAAUCACAAGUCUCGACGGAGGAGUCUUAUUUGAAACUAAAAACACGUCUCAUGAAAAGAAUGAUGCGACGGGAGACAAGAUCAAAACUUCGGAUAGAAAAAUUGCUCGCCAAACUCGGGAAGAAUCAGACAAAGUACACCCAGUGUAAUAUUUGCUGGAUUGAGCAACUCGAGACUGACAAACAUGAACCUCUACGAGUAGAACAUAAGAGGCAACAUACAGAUGGGGAGUUCAAAUUGUGUCAAUUUUGUGGAAUGAGCUUUUUAUAUGAAUAUUACUUGGAGAAGCAUUUGGAAGAUUUGAGCGUCCCCACCGUUCCUUCCACCAUGUCCCCACUUGAAGCUGAAGAUCUCCUCCAUGAGACUCAUUCUUGUCCUGAUUCUGGUUGUGGUGAGAUUUUUGCCAACAGAAAAUGUCUACUUUUCCAUCGGACAAACACUCACGAUCAUUAUCACCGAUGCCCAACUUGCGAAAAAGUUUACAUUCUGUACUCUGACAUGAGAAAGCACAUACAACGCGUCCACAAUUAUGAGAAUCGUCUCCUGCCUUGUCCAGUUCCACAAUGUGACAAGUCGUUUCGUAAUCGUCGUGGAAUUUCAUCCCAUAUGACUCAUGCUCAUACAGUUGAGGAAAAAGAAAAAUACUUUACAAGUACUAUCGGACAACCAAACAACAAAAUUGAUAAGACUGAGUCAGACAAAAACGCUAAUAAUGACGAGGAAGACGACGACAAGAGUAAUGUUGUCGCCACCUCUUUGCCACCAGAAAUAAGUGUCCGUCACAAUUUACCUCAGCCGUUCUGGAGCAGGAGAAAUGCAAAAUUAGUGAAAAUUCGAGACCUUAUCAGGAAAAAUAGAUUGCAUGGACCCAGACGAAAAUUCAAGUCCAUCUCAGCACGACCAUCACUUGCUCCACUGCCCUCGCAAAAACAGCGUUCACUGAAUACAUCCAAUAAUUUUCUAACAAAUAAACCAUUUCUUCUACCGGUCAGACAGACGCCCAUAAGUGUGAACCAACAACCCAGUGUGAAGUGUAAACCAAAAACUAAAUCGGCUAAUAUCAUCACAAAACUUGGAGGCUUUGAUCUCCGUUACAAAGGUGCAAAGUACAGAAAAUCGCUCUUGUCCGUGCCACCGAAACAAAAUGUGAAUUUCAAUGACAAACGUAGAAGUAUUCCUUCCCACCGAACAUUCUCGAUGCUUUGUUCACUGUGUACACGAGGAUUCCGAACUAGGACAGAUCGCGAUGCUCACAUGGGUUCCACACAUCACCUUGAUUUCACUCAAGAAAAACCAUACAUUUGUCCUAUUACUGAUUGCGAUAAACGGAACUACGUUAAUGGGCCAACGUUACUCCGACACAUUCGAAGUUGUCAUCCACCUUCGGUAGAUGAAGAACUCUUUCGGCAUAGUAUAGAAGAGGACAAAUUAGCAGAAGCUGCAAAUCCUUCAUCGACUCUUAAGUGUUCAGAUUUAGCCGCUAAUGAAUGUCAGACAAAUAACAUGAUGGGCCGUAAAGGUAAAAUCGCUGCAAAAAUGAAACUUGAAAAAGACUUCUGCGACCAGCAAGAAAAAGAAAAGAAAGUUCGGAAAAGACAAAAACAAAUAUCGCCAGGUCACUUAGGUCCCACAAACAGAAACCUUACUCAUUCAUCAGGUCCAACUCCUGCUCGGCGUCGCCAAUUCCCCCGACGUGUUUUGGGUCGUAGUUCCGAAAAGCACGGUCCGGAAGCUAUAACCAUUCGAGAAGUUUUGGCGAAAUUUAAACUCAAAACUGGAUAUUACUGCCCGGAAUGUCCAGUCCCCAAAGGAAAGUCGUUUGCAUCUACGUGGAACGUUCAUCGACAUCUUGAAGUACUCCACCCAACUUCAACGUUUCUCUUAUGCCCUGGCUCGAUUAAGGACAAGAAUAUUGGUGGUGAUGGAAUUUUUUCGACAAAAAUAAUCGAGGAGGAAGAUGAAGAGAGUGAAGAAGAGGUCGCUGGACCCUCAAGACCUGUCGAGGAAGAUGAAGAAAUUGAGGACGCUGCUAACAUUAAAAUGAGCAAUGUUAAGCCUAAGCCCCAACCGAGGAGGACACCAUCAUCCACCUCUACUGGAAAUCCCCUCCUUCCAUUUAAACUACCCAAUGGCAAAUAUUACUGUCCAGAAUGCAAUUCAGAUCCAUCAUCUCAGCCAAAGUAUUCACGACCUUUUGAACUAUUACGGCAUGUUAGUGAUUGUCAUCCAGGUUCAUCUCUUUUGACACCUAAAAAAUCAUCCAGAGAAAUAAAACCUGUGAUUAAACGAACGAGCAUUAAGAAAACUAAAUUGACAGAAAUCAAAAACAACAAGAAGCAAGAAUCAGGCGUAAUCAAAACUUUUGACUGUCCAUCUUCUUCUCCUGUCGCAGGACAGAACAGUUCUUUGACGUUGUCAAACCACAUGGAGGAACCCACCACCACAACUUUUCCUUGCCCUUUGUGUUUCAAAAUAUUUAAAGCGUGCAUGUCACGUCGAGCACACAUGAGGUGGUGUAAACUACGUAAACAGAAAUUGUUACCACAGGUGGGAAAACUUUUUUCAAAGUAUACAAAGUCCACUAAUACCAAGACUUUCUGUGCCCUCUGCUCCAAAAAAUUCAUGUCAUCCCGUGCUCUUGCAGCCCAUAAGGGAUGGAAACAUUCAUCGGCAAAGAGUUUGUCGAACACUGACUGUUCUGAAUUUGGUAGAGAAAUUGACCCAGCCAUAUGCAAUAUGCCGAAAGCAAAAUCUGGUCCCAGCAGUUCAUCAUCAACAGCCACCAAGCCGCCUCUGAUCAAGCUUAACAUCACGAAUAGUGAUUCUCAAGGUGCUAAUAUUGACCCCUCCAUUAUUUUACACGACUCCAACGCUACUCCACAAACCUGCAGCGAACGAAUUGCUUCCAUCGGUACAGGAAACCACACCACAAGGGUGAAGACUAGGCCAAAAAGAAAAUGUGUCAAAUAUUAAAUCUCAAUUAUUCACGCUGGUCAUAUGUAAAAUUUUCCACUGCUUAUCUCACCAUUUUGCCUUAUUUAUUAGAAAAUAUUAGAGAUAAAUUUCAAUAGCCAUAUUGGCUUGUCUAUUAGCUUAUGAAUUUUAUAUUUCAUAUUUGUAUUUCUUAAGAUGACAAAUCAUUUGUAACGGACAAUUUAUUUAUGAAACUUGAAAGUCAAAUAAAUAUUUAUUGAUUAAUAAGUAAAACAACUGAA